AUCUCGAAGGUAGCGAUUGAGAUAGAUAUACAAUCUGUCAAUCUCCCUCCAUCUUCUUCCUUCUUCUUCUUCUUCGUAACAGUGCUUGACUUUACACUCACGUAGAAGCAUUUUGAAGAGUAAAACAAUCAAAGAGAAGCCAUGUCUUUAAGACUAAUUCUAUCUUGGGCGAUCCUGUUGAUUCUCGUUGCGGCGGCGACGGCGAAAGCGAUCGGAUUCGACGAAUCCAAUCCAAUCAGGAUGGUCUCCGGUAAACUCCAGGAAGCUGAUGAGACCUUCCUCCAGAUACUUGGACAGUCUCGCCAUGUACUCUCCUUUUCUCGCUUCGCUCACCGAUAUGGGAAGAGGUAUCAGAGCCCGGAGGAGAUGAAGCUCCGGUUCUCGGUUUUCAAGGAGAAUCUCGGUUUAAUCAGAUCCACCAACAAGAAAGGCUUACCUUACACACUAUCUCUUAAUCAGUUUGCUGAUUUGACAUGGCAAGAGUUUCAAAGACACAGUCUUGGAGCUGCUCAAAACUGCUCAGCGACUUCUAAAGGCAGCCAUAAGAUCACUGAAGCUGCACUUCCAGAAACAAAAGACUGGAGAGAAGAUGGUAUUGUUAGCCCUGUCAAAGAGCAAGGUCAUUGUGGAUCUUGCUGGACAUUCAGCACAACUGGAGCUCUUGAGGCAGCUUACCAUCAGGCAUUUGGAAAAGAAAUAUCUCUCUCAGAGCAGCAGCUUGUGGACUGUGCUGGAACUUUCAAUAACUUUGGUUGUCAUGGUGGACUUCCUUCCCAAGCAUUUGAAUACAUCAGAUACAACGGUGGAAUCGACACAGAGGAGGCUUAUCCUUACAUCGGAAAAGACAGUAGCUGCAGAUUCUCGGCUGAAAACAUCGGCGUACAAGUCCUCGACUCUGUCAACAUCACCCAAGGUGCAGAAGAUGAACUGAAGCAUGCGGUGGGGUUAGUAAGGCCAGUGAGUGUUGCAUUUGAGGUUGUACAUGAAUUCAGAUUCUACAAGAAGGGAGUUUUUACUAGCAAUACUUGUGGAAACACUCCAAUGGAUGUAAACCAUGCUGUGUUAGCAGUUGGUUAUGGAGUUGAAGACGGUGUCCCGUACUGGCUUAUAAAGAACUCAUGGGGAGGUGAUUGGGGAGACAAUGGCUACUUCAAGAUGGAAAUGGGGAAGAAUAUGUGUGGUGUUGCUACAUGUUCAUCGUACCCGAUUGUGGCAUGAGGUUUUCAAACACGUAACAAGGGACUUUGGGUUUUGGAUGUUCAAAAGAGUGGACAAAGAUUUGGUUAUAUCAUAUAUGCGAUAAAAAAUGGUUGAUGUAAAAGACGAAAUUGUUGUAAACGUGUAUUUACUUGGAGUGAAUUUAUAUACGUUUAUAGUGCAUAGAGUUAUCAAAUAAUGUCACCGACGCUAAGAAAAAGAAGGUUUCAAAAUAAUGUUGAUUGUAUUUGUCAGAAACUGCAUAAACUGUGGACUUCGUUAUUUCUAUAUAUGUAUAGUCGAAAACAAUAAUAUAAUGUUAGUUAGUUCGGUUGAA